UCGCCAUUAGCCGAUUCCCAGCCGCCGACCAUGGACCGCUUCCGCGACGUGAGCACGUCGCCCGUGCGCGAGGGCCUCGACGACGACGACGACGUCCGCCCGAGCUCGACCGCGAUCGUGCUGCACCCGGCGCCGAGCCCGACGACCUCCUACGCGUACGCGCCGCCGGCGCCGCAGCGCUACCGCGGCCUGAGCAACCAAGGCGCGACCUGCUACAUGAACAGCCUGCUUCAGACGCUGUACAUGACGCCCGAGUUCCGCAACCGGCUGUACCAGUCCAAGCUCACGGCGACAACGGACCUCGACGUCAACAUCCCGUUCCAGCUCCAAAAGCUGUUUGCGAACCUCCAGCUGAGCAAGGAGCGAAAGGCCAUCGACACGAAGGCGCUCACCAAGAGCUUUGGCUGGAACUCGUCGGACGUCUUCCAGCAGCACGACGUGCAGGAGCUCUGCCGCGUGCUCUUUGACGCGCUGGAAGAGUCGUUCAAGGGCACGCCCGACGAGCAAAUGGUCAACGAGCUCUACCAAGGCACACUCAAGGACUAUGUGCAGUGCGCCAAGUGCGGCAACGAGAGCAGUCGCCUCGACAACUUUCUCGACCUCUCGCUCGUCAUCCGGCCGUUUGGCUCGACGCAGAUGAUGCGCAGCGUCGAAGAAGCGAUCGAGUUCUUCCUCAAGCCCGAGAUGCUCUCGGGCGACAACCAGUGGGACUGCGACAAGUGCCGCAGCAAGCAAGACGCGAUCAAAGGCCUCAAGUUUGCCAAGCUCCCGUACCUUCUCUCGCUCCAGCUCAAGCGCUUCGAUUUUGACUAUGUCACGUUCAACCGCAUCAAGCUCAACAACCAAGUGACCUUUCCCAAGUACCUCAACAUGAACACGUACGACCCGACGUCCGGCGCCGUCGCCCGCAAAAUGUCACUCGAGCGCCUCGAGCUCUCGGAGGAGACGCCUCGCCGCGUGUCGCUCGAUGCCACGGACGACGACGAGGACGGAGUUGACGGUGUCCGGGACUCGUGGCAUCCAGACUUUGAUGUGGAGGCGCUGGCUGCGGACGGCCCGUUUGUCUACGAGCUCUUCUCGGUGCUGAUCCACUCGGGCAGCGCCAUGGGCGGGCACUACUACGCGUACAUCAAGUCGUUCGAGGACGACGCGUGGUACAACUUUAACGACUCGAACGUCUCCAAGAUCACGGAAGCCGAGGUGCGCACGGCGUGGGGCCCCGCCGCGUCGCCGGUCGCGUCGACUGGCAACUACUACUACCGGUCGUCGCACUCGACGUGUGCGUACAUGCUCAUGUACCGUCAGGUCGACGCGCGGCGCAACGGCCACUUUCUGCCCGAUGACGCGCUGCCGUCGUUUCUUCAAGACCUCAUCACGGCCGACGAAGCACGGCGGCUCGUUAAAGAGAAGGAGCGGGAGGAGCGCGCGCGCUUGAUCCCGCUCAAGAUCUUCCACGACGGCAGCCACAAGACGCUGCAUGUCUCCAAGCUGCUGCCGCUGAGCGAUGUCGUGGCGCAGGCCAUAACGCUCUUUGGCCUCGAUUUCCCGACCGACCGCGUCCGACUGCGCAGCUACUCGGAGUACACGAGCGUGCCGCUCGAGACGUACGACGGCCGCGAAAUGUGCUCGCUCGCCCAGCUGCAGAUCUACGCGCACUGCGCCUUGUUCCUCGAGGUUCGCGCGAGCGUCGACGAGGCGUGGGAGGCGUACGACCCGACAGCGCUCCAGCUUCUGCUGCGGCGCUACGUGCCGUCGACGGCAACGACGCCCGAGCACUUUACAGAGCCGCCCGUGAGCGUGCAGGUCCCGGAAGAAGCGACGCUCGGCGAUCUGCUCUCGCUGCUCAGCACCAAGUUUGGCAUCGAGAAAGACCACUUGCGCGUAUUGCAGAUGAGUUCGUCGAGCUACUGGUCGAUCGUGACGACGAUCCUCAACCCGACCAACGACGAGGCGACGCUGCAGCAGACGCUGCGCAUGGAUCUGAAGCUGCGGCAAGGCAUUGAGCUCUACGUGGAAGAGUGCGACACCCUCACGAAUUGGUCGCUGGCCAAGGAGCUCUUUGAAGCCCGCGCGCACAUGAUCACGCUCCAGGUCAAAACCAAGGAGAAGACGCUGCUCGCGGCGAAAGGCGUCGAUGCCAAGGAGAGCGGCAUGAGCUGGCCGUUCCAGGUCGACCGCCGGGAGAACCUCCAGGUGCUCAAGGACAAGCUCUGCGUCUUCUUCGACUUGAAACCCGACGAUUUCAAGCUCUGUCGCAAUGCGGAAAAGGGCCAGGAGCUCAAGGCGAUGGACACGUCGUUCAAGAACCUCACGCUCAUGGACAACAGUAACGUGUACGUCGUGCUCGGAACACCACUGCGCGUCGGCGAAUUCUCGGUGCAAGUCCAUCUGUUUACGCCCAAGGCGACGGGCGAGGACGAAGCGAGCGUCGUGCUGCCGCCCUGGAUGCACGCGAAUGAGCUCUCGCUCUGCACCAAGCUCAUCGUCUCGAGUGCAACGCCCAUCGCUGACAUGAAGGCGCGGAUCUUGACGGCGCUGCACGCCACCCACCCGGACGCCAAGCACCUCCGACUGCGGGACCUCCUCUCGAGCCGCCGCCUCUCGCGCGUCCUCGCCGACAGCUUGACGCUCGGCGAAGCCUCGGCGCUCACCUUGUAUGAGAACCGUGAGUUUGCGGUUCAGAUUCUGGAUGCGGUCGACACGCUGCCGUCGUCGCACACGCUCUUUUCGGUCGUGCUCUUUGACCGGUCGACGCUUCGGUUUGGGCGCCGUGUCGAGAUUUCAUUUUCCACCGAAACGCCGGGCGUCCACUGGAUGGACGCGCUGCUGGCCGAGCUUGAGAGAGUCUUUAACAUCCCAAGCGAUGCGAUCCAGAUCGCCAAGCCGCCGCAAACGUCCGACGUCGACGUCAACGACAUUCAGGAGACUCCGUGGAUCCGCCGCGACGAAGGCCUCCGCUUCCACCACGUCGCGUCGCUCGCUACGUACGGAGACCGGCUCGUCAUUGCCGACACGCGCGUGCCACUCAAAGAGCUCUCGAAAGAAGAGUCCAUCGCGCUCCAAGCACUCAUCGAUCAAGCGACCGAAAAUGACAUGCUCGGGAUUGGCGGCACACCGUCGGCCGCGGCCAUGAACGUCUAUGGCCCGUCGUUGCCGUCGUCGAGUUCAAGCUACUACCGCGGCGGGUACGUCAAGCCCAAGGAGACGGCGCUCUUCAUUCGCACCAACAAGGCGCCGAGCGGCAAGAGCAGCUCGGACUCGAGCCACAGCGUGCCCGUCUCGCCCAUCACGGGCCACGACGACGACGAGACGCCAGAAGACAAGGAGUUUGCGCGGAGUGGGGGCGCCGACGUGUUCACGGACCUGCAUUAAGCCGUCACUAAAUGCAUUUCAUUGGAUGUUUCCGCAA